CACUUUGCCCCACACGUGCACACUGUCCUCGCGCUGCUGCGCGUCGCGACACCGAAUCAAAGUGGCACAGCGAGCCGACUCUCUAAUCACGUCAAAAAGCAUCCGGCGUACCUGAUCCACAUGCAGGUGGAGAAAGGAAGGGAAAAAACCGGAGAAGUGGUGAGAGUCGCGAGGGAGAGAGAGAGAGAAAAGAAGAGAGAGAGAGAGAGAGAGGAAGAGGGAGGGAGAGAGAGAGAGAGGCGUUUAAAGUCCACUUGGAUUAUCUUCAGCUCGAGGAAACGUUCAUAUCUUCCUGUUCGGGGGAAUUUGUGCGUGAUUCAGGUUCCUUGGGUUCCCUGCACAGCUCUGUGGAAGAGGCUUCCUGUCUGUGCCAGUGACUGUUUGUGAGUCCCAUGGUGACCAUGUUUGUGUGAGUGCCUUUGCAUGCGUAUACGCCCUGGUCGGAGAGUGUGCGUGUCUGUGUCUGUGUCUGUGUGUGUGUGUGUGUGUGUGUGGGUCCGUGUUUGCGUCCCAGCGGAGAUGCGGGGAGCUCCGUCCUCCGCGCUUUGCUUCCUGCUGCUGAGCUGCUGUGUGUGCGCAGCAGCCGGCUACCCGUUCAGCACGCCCCUGGACCUGGAUGUGACUCCACGCGUCACCGUGUUGAACAGCGGUCUGCAGGGCUGCAGACGUUUCCCGUCCUCGGCAGUCGGCACCAUGUUGCUGGAGGCCGACAGCGAGCGUCUCUUCGUCGGGGCCCGGGGAGCCGUUUUUGCUCUCAAUGCCUCUGACAUUUCAGCCAGCUCUGCUCUCACCAUCGAAUGGGAAGCCUCCCCCGAGCAAAAACGUCAGUGUCUGCUCAAGGGAAAAGACAAUAAGACGGAGUGUUUUAAUCACAUCCGCUUCCUCCAGAGGUUCAACUCAACUCACCUCUACAUGUGUGGGACACAUGCCUUCAGACCCCUCUGUGCAUACAUAAAUGAGGAGAAGUUUGUGAUGUCGUCCAAGCCCGAAGAGGGCAGAGACAAAUGCCCCUACGGCCCGACGACGGGCUACACCGCCCUCAUCGUCGACCAGCAGAUGUACACGGCUUCUCAGUACGAGUUCCGGAGCUUUCCAGAUAUCCGCCGCAACUCUCCGUCCCCCACGCUGAAGACGGAAGACGCCCCCACGCGCUGGCUGAACGAGGCAGACUUUGUGGGCUCGGCGCUCGUGAGGGAGAGUUUGGGCAGCAGCACCGGCGACGAUGAUAAGAUCUACUACUUCUUCACCGAGAAGAGCCCGGAGCAGACGACGACCUACAGCCACAGCCGGGUGGCACGAGUCGCUCGCGUUUGUAAGGGGGACCAGGGAGGCCGCUUAACUCUCCAGAAACGGUGGACGUCCUUCCUCAAGGCCAGGCUCACAUGUUCUCUGCCCGAGUACGACUUCCACUUCAACAUGCUGCGCAGCGUGUUUGUCAUGCCUGGCUUGACUCCUCGGGACACGCUCUUCUACGGAAUCUUCGGCCUGGAGUGGAAAAACGUGAAGGCGUCUGCGGUGUGUCGAUUCUCUUUGUCUGACUUCCAAGAGGCCUUUCAAGGACCAUACAUGGAGAACCAGGAAUCUGGCUCUAAGUGGAAGGAGUACACUGGAAAAAUCCCUGACCCCAGACCUGGAACGUGUGUCACUGACGCUCUGAGGGCCCGGGGCAUCAACUUCUCCACCUCCCUCCCCGAUGAUGUACUGAACUUUGUCCGGAGGCAUCCCCUGAUGUCUCUGCAGGUCCAACCUUCGGACAGACGACCACUUCUGUUCAGGCGGACCACGGACUACACGCGCACGGCCGUAAGCGCGGUGCAAGGCUUAGAUGGACGAACAUACCAUGUAUUGUACAUCGGGACUGAUGACGGCUGGUUACAUAAAGCUGUAGAAAUCAAGGGUCAGCUUCACAUUAUCGAGGAGCUCCAGCUGUUUGAGGAACCACAGCCUGUCAACAACCUGCUGCUGUCAGCCAAACAGAUGAGUGUAUAUGUGAGCUCUCCGUCAGGAGUGGUGCAGCUUCCCCUCUCCAGCUGUCACAGAUACACCUCCUGCUACGACUGCCUCUUUGCCAGGGACCCUCACUGUGCCUGGAACGGAGCCCAGUGUGUGGCUGUAAUGGCUCAAGCAGACAGAUCCACUUUAAUCCAGGACGUCCAGGAGGGCAGCAAAGGAUGUGAAAACACACAAGAUGACGUUGUCGUGCGGAGCCGCUCGGUGCGAGUGGGCGACGACGUGCUGCUGCAGUGUGAGCUAAGCUCAAACCUGGCGACGCCCCUCUGGACUCUGGACGGCGGCGAGCUGCAGGGCUACGGCCUCAACUCUGGCUUCAGAACCGGCACGGACGGCCUGCUGAUCAUCGAGGCCCGGCAGGACCAAAGCGGGCUCUACACCUGCUUUGCUGUCGAGAACGGCAUCAAGGUUGCCAUAGUUACCUUCAACGUCACCAUCCGUCCCGACCUGCCCCCGGCCCCGCCUGUUGAGCCGACUCAAGACACGUACAGGUUCUUUGCCACCGUGCCAGCCCCCACUGGGCAUCCCUCCUCAGAGAGGCCACCGGCCCCGGCACCUCUCCUGCCCCACUCAAAGCUGCUCUCCCCCAGGGACAUGGAGGCCGUAUAUCUGUCCCUCAUCACCAUCCUGGGAAGCCUGUGUGUGGUCCUCACCGUGGUGCUCGUCUACGUGGGCUUCUGCCUGCGAGUGGGCAACGGAGGGAAGUACUCUUUACGGGCCGCCGCUUCAGCCUACCCCAACAGCAAGAAGCACGGCAGGAGCAGGAAACAGCACAGGAGCUCCUCCCUCAUGGAGCUGAAGACCAUCUCAAGCCACUGCAACGGCAACGGCGUUUGUAAUGGAGUUUCGAAGAGGCACAACGGCGACGUCCUGGAUGGAGGCUUCCUCCAGAUCGUACCCGGACAGGCUCACUCGUCACCCAACAAGGAGCCCCCUCCCAUGGCCCCUCCUCUCCCGCCAACUCCGCAACACGCCUCCUCCGAGUGUGACUUCCCCAGCGGGCUGUCGGCCACGCUGCCCAGCGUCCUGCGGAGGAUGAACGGCAACAGCUACGUGCUGCUGAGGCAGAGCGAGUCGGAAAGCUCGUCGCCGCUCUGCUCCUCUUUUGCCGAGGAGCUCAACAAGAUCUUGGAGAAGAGGAAGCGCACUCAGCUGCUGCCACGACCGGACGAGAGCUCUGUGUAGAGAGACGGAACUCCCCCUGUGGUGGGAGGACAGAUGUGUUUUUCUUUUUUUGUAUACCUGAGGCCAAAGUGCCUGUCACAUGACCCAUUAUUGUUAAGGACUAACACGAGGAGGGAGUCUUCACUACAUUCCUUACUUUGGAUUUUAUUUUUUACGAUUCCACAUUGAGACAUUGCUUCUUUUUUAACUUGUGAGCUGCUUUUAAACUUUAAUUCACAAAUUUCCCAACACAUCCCAAGUGAGAAUGACAAAUUCCAGUGAAGGAUCGAGCAUGAAAUGAAAAGGAAGUGCAAUCUACCUCACCUUUAUACUGCUCAGAAGGACUUCUACAGUGUCUGUAGUCUGAUCCGAGCAUAAAGGCACAAAAUGGUACACACGGACUCCAGCGAGGAGCAAAGCCCUGUGGGAAUAUAAAUACACAAGCAGACUUCUGCCAUGUGCCGGCCAAAUUUGGCUCGAUUCAAACUGGAGGGCAGCUAGCCAAAGUUUGUUUGCACUGACAAGUGCGCAGAUGGCCUAUGCAUUUUUAAACAUGACGUCCACAUAAUAUACAUAUUAAGAGGUGUGGACAUGGUGAGUGAGGAAGUUCUGUGUGAAAUAUUUUAAUUCUGACUUAAUCAAUUGCAAUAUCAUAACUCAGUGCUUUACAUUGGCCAUCAUUAAUAAAUGGUGAAUUAAUCAUUAUUUAAUAUUAUUAACCUUCAUUUGGAAUGAAUUAUUCAACCACAUUGAAGAUCAUUUUUAGAAUUGUUUAAAUUCAUCAUUAAUUGAAUUUUACAUUAAUUUAUUAAUUGAUGACAAUAACAUGUGGUAAUUAUAAGACAUUCAAUAACCUCAACCUCCACAAUUAUCUGAUAUGCAGUUAAUCUUUAAUAAUUGUAUGAGUAUUUGCAAACACCAAUAAGCAUAACUGUUAUUUGCAGCUGAAGCUCACCACUUCGUAGAGCCACAUGUUACAAACGCCAUUUAAUAUAUAUUUGGACACACAUUCAAUUGAAUGAAGUGAUAUAAGUGAUCUAUAAGUAUAUAGAUAUACAAUUAGAUAGUAAAGAAAAACCAAGGAAAAAGUAUGAAAAGUAUUGAAUAGUGAUUAAUUCACCAAGUUUCAACAAGACAAGCUGAAGAAAAUAUGACAGUAUUAUUGACUUAAAGGCACUUUAAGUAGUUUUAAAACAAAGCUAAUGGAAGCUAUCAUGGAUGUGGAUUCUGCAACCUGUCGAGAACCAGCAGGGUGGAGGAGCGUUUUGAUUGGCCGUUUCUCACUAUGAAGAGCUGCAGCAUCAGAGGCCACAACUGGACCUUGUUUUUACACGAAAAUACUGACUUUCGCAGCUGAGCCUCAAUCCACAAAUGAGCAACACAUGACAUGAGACAGCAGCGCAGAAUGACUGAGGCACAGCGUUCAUCAAAAGUAUCAGGUGUCACGAGCACUGGUCAGUUUGAGUUUUUCCUAAACGUAAAGCUGGGGAAACCAUAAGGGAAUGAACAACUGGAACGAACACUGUCUGUUUGAUGCUAACCCGUUUGAUACAUGAUAUGUACAGUAGCUUUUUUUUCACAAUUGCUGCAUGAAUAAUGUUUUGACAGUUUUUUUUUUUUUUUUUUUUUCUUAAUGUCAAGGAAACAGUCUCUUAUUAUUAUUGUAAAGAUCCACCGUUAAUGUUUAAAAAGAGCUCAGUGAGCCUAGGCAGAAGAAAUGGAUUUGAGUACAAAAAAAACCCAUUGUGAUGAAUAGAAGCACGGUAGACAAAAGCAUGCAGAGGCUGUCCCAAAACCACACAAUGUUUAUAACUUACUAAUGGGAGGAAAAACACCAAUUUACCUACUCACACUAACCUAUUAACUUGGGCUUAUUAAGCUUCUCUUUCGAUGUGAUGUCCGGGUAUUGUUUUGAUCGCUGUCAGCAUGACACCUCAUGCUUGCGCACAAAGAAAAAUGACAAAAUUAAACGGAGAAAAAAAAAAGGGCACUAUGUUCAUUCACAUUUCAGUCAUUAGUUCAAAUAAAGUUUUGUACAUCCACCUUUCCCUGUCUUUGUCAUUGCUUGUGUAAAUUCACAGUUGCCUUCCCAAAUUUGACAAAGAUGGCCGGGUGAAACUAGUCCGUUAAGCAAAUGGAUGAGUGGAUGAAUGUCGAUGGACUCUGAGGCAGUAAAUGAGCAUGACGC